AUGGUGGUACGGGCCAUUUUGGCGGACGUUUUGACGGAUAUUUACGAUUCACUGAUCAUUGACUUUUGCACCAGUCUUGCCUGGACCGGGUUCGGUUUGGAGUCGUUGCGACGGACCCUUCUUGAGACAGAAGUCGACACAAGUCCUCUCUUUGAAUUCAGCUUUGGUCAAGUCAUGCCGCUGCUGCUUCUGCUGGUGUUUGCCCUUACAGCACUGGAGGUCGGGAGCAUCAUAGAGCCCAUUCAUAAAGAAGCCCCGAUGCCUGAUGCUCUGGCUGCAAGGGGAUUUGGUCUCAAGGGACAUACUAGAAAUACCUGCGAUCCAAAUGGGCAACAACAGGAGAAGAUCUCUGUCUUUGCCAGCCCGAAAGAUAGGGUUAGGGUCAAUACAGCGCUUGAAGACAGCGCCAUCAUCUUCCUCAUCGAGCGCUGGGCAAAGAUCCGCUCCAAUUUCCCAAGUUGCUACUCCCCUUCAACUUAA